AGCUGACAGAGGAAAGCUGCUCUUGUCGGAGGACAGGGGGAGAGCCAGCGAUGGCUUCACUCAGACAGGAGCACCACUAUGGGCUCUCCUGUGGAAAAACUACCAAAAACAGCUCCAACAUUACUCUGUACCACGUCAAGCUGACGGACACGGCCAUUAGAGCGCUGGAAGCGUAUCAAAACCUCAAGGGAGUUUUGCAAAAUGAGACAUCAAUCUGUUUUAAAGGAAACCACGGGUACUUCAAGAUCCCAACUCCAACACCAGAGUCACCUUCUGCUCUGCGCAUCUUCUCCUUCUACCUGUCCAGUGACAGCAAAGACCAGCCUCAAGCCAGCUUCGACUGCAUCCAUCAGUACAUCUCCAGCGACGGCCGCGAGCAGCUGGAGGGCCAAGGCAGCAUCCAGGACAAGAUCACCGUGUGUGCCACCGACGACUCCUACCAGAUGACCCGCGAGAGGAUGUCUCAGAUGGAGAAGGACAGCUGGAGCCGCUCGGCUAUCGAGAUCAAACCCGGAGCCACGCAGCCCAGUAAAAGCGUCAAAUACCAAAAGAGAUCCGCUCCCCUGCCUGCUCCUGAAAGCAGCUUCUUCAAGCAGCCGGCCACCAACCGGAGGAGCUACGGCAUGCCGACCCAGAAGCCCCUGAGGGAACGCAUCAUCCACCUGCUGGCCCUCAAACCCUACAGGAAACCAGAGCUUCUCCUGUGGCUGGAGAGAGAGCGGGCCGCAGCAAAGGACAAGGCCGAGCUGGGAGCCGUGCUGGACGAGGUGGCCAGAGUGAAUCCCAAAGACAGCAGCUACCUGCUGAAGGACGACUUCUACAGGCACGUGCAGAGGGACUGGCCAGGCUACAGCGAGGAGGAGAAGCAGCUGGUCAGCAGGCUGCUGUCCAAGAAACUUCAGCCCCACAUCAGCAAUAAAUCACGCAACGUUCAAGCACACUUGUCAAUACCUGCGACCCCCGAGGACCCAAGCGCAGCAAAAAACCCAGCUGUGAAACGUCCUGUUCCCCUGGACUCACAGGAAAGACUUUCUACGAAGAGGCAAAAACUUACAGACCAAAGGUUACACCAGUCUGUGGCAAAAGGACUCGCAAACACUAAAGGAGCACAUGAUAAUGCAACUGUGACCUUCGACCCCAGUCUCCUCUCUGUUGCUGAACCUCAGCGGAUCGGUGGCAUCCCUGGUGACCCCAGCGGCCUAACUGUGGCCCACUGUGGCUUUCCUUUCGAGCACGGCCCGGCUGGCGGACAUAUUUCUGAGAAAAGAGAGCAGGACGCUAACGUUAACAAGCUGAAAACGCCGCAGGUCGACUCUGACUGCACUCAGCAGCAACUCCACAACAGCCAGCACAGAAAGAAGAAAUCCAAAAAGCACAAAGAAAAGGAGCGGGAGAGGUUAAAAAGUGACAAAGGAGCCGAAUGGCUGCAGUCGAGUCCUGAUCUCAAGCAGAACACAGAGAAACUUGACAAUCCUGACAUCACAAGUGCUGCGGCCUCUGAGGAGAAGCUGGAUUACGUACUGGCGUACAGCCCCAUCUCAAGUUUGGAGCAACGGCAGCGAUAUCAGGAGGAUUUCUGCACAGAGUACGACGAGUACAAAGACCUUCACUCCCGGAUCGCUGCCAUAACUCACAUGUUUGUUCAGCUGGGCUCCAAGAUCAAGACUCUGUCUCCUGGCACACAAGAAUAUAAGACUAUGGAAGACCAAAUACUGGAAAAGUACAGCAAGUUUCGGAAGAAGUUUCCAGACUAUAGGGAGGAAAAGAAGCGCUGCGAGUAUCUUCACGAAAAACUGUCGUACAUCAAACAGCUCAUCAACGACUACGAUCUCUCCAAGCCCUCUUCAUAGCAUUUGUUUGCUUUUUUGUUGUUUCUUUUAAACCAUCAACUUUGCAUACACAACCUGAGUGUCAAAGCAUUUGUACCAGUGACACAAACAGCUUUGAAAGGAGACUGCAGCUUUUUCCACACUCUUUUGCUAAAGCCUCAGACAGAUUUUCCCGAGUUCUCAUAAUAUAACUGAGCGAAAAAUCACUGGAAGGUAUUUGGUUGGAAUCUUUUUUUCAAUGUAGUUUUUGACCUUAACUUAUUUACUUUGCUUUUUUUUUGACACUUGUGAAAUCAUUCCUUUUGUAUUUCCUUACAGCUUCUGUUGUUGUUUUUUUUGUGCUUUUCAUUCUCCUAAACUUGUCUAAUUGCAGUGGAAGUCAAGCUUUGAGAAAGAACCUUGUCUGGAGUGAAUGGGAGAAGCAGCCCACAUGUGAACAUAAAUCAACUUUAUUCGUUGCUCACAGCUAUUAAAAAGUUUUUUUAAUUUUAGUCAGAACGGUGAGUCACAGUGUGCCGGACUUUUUCACACUUGGUUACAACGGCAAACUUUGACAUAUUUUAUUGGCAUGAUCUGCCACAGAGCCAUGCAUAAUUGCGAAAUGGAAGGAAAAAGGAUACAUAGUGUUUUUUUUUUUUUAAACAAAUACAGUGAAAACUCUUAAGCUGAAGAAAAGCAUUCCCGCAGCAUAAUCCUGCCACUGUCAUGUCUUAAGGUUGUGCAGACUAAUGCUCAGUGUUGGUCCUCUUUGUUUUGUAUUUAGUCUCUUUUGGACCAGACCUUUUUUGUGGCAAAGUCCGGCCAGAAAUUUCAACAAAAGGCUUUUUUAUGCCUAAUAAGGCUAUUUUAUAUUGUUCAACACGAUUUUUUUUUAUUACUAUUCCACUUCGUCCUGCUUUAAACUCCUCCUAUAACAUUCUCCAGGACCUGGUCUUCAUUAUGCUGUUUGGUCACAACUUUUCUCUGACAAACCUUUGAGGCCUUCACUGAACAGCUAUUGUAGAUUUUGCUUACUAGAAAAGUGACUUUUAGAGAUGUUUGUUUGCACUGGAGUUUAUUUAUGGAGGGCAGACCACGUUUCCAAGCCACCUUUAUCAGAUUUUAUUUCCAUAAAGAUUCUAUAAAAUA